AUGGUCUCAGGUGUUGGGCCAGAGAAACAAUUGCAAGAGUUGAACAUUACUCCAGUUCUGAAAAAUGAUGCGGUGGGCCAGAACAUGCACGAUCACAUUGUCUUCGCAGUCGCAUAUCGGGUGAAAACGCCAACCAGCUCAAUUCUGUUGGAUGAUGAGAAACGCUGGCAUGAAGAAGAUCUGUUCAAAGAGAACGUCACCGGCAUGAUGACCAAUCCUGGUCCCGACUUUGGUGGAAUUGUGGAUAUUCCCAGCGAUCUGCGAAACUUCUCGCUGUCGACCAAAGCAGACCUGGGUUCCUUGCCCAAGGACUGGCCCGAACUUAUUGUCGUUUCCUUCCCGCUGGGCCAUGACUACCCCGACGAUGGCUACAACUACGCCUCCCUGAUGGGCGUUCCUAUGACUUCCAUGUCAGUGGGUAAUAUCACUCUCAACUCCACCAAAAUGAGCGACAAGCCCGUUGUGCACCCGCACUGGCUUACCAGCACGACCGAUCUGGAAGUGUCGAUUGCAUCGCUCAAAUACAUGCGUCGGAUCUUUGAAAACCCAGCCAUGGAGCCCAUCAUCAUCGGCGAUGAGUUUGCUCCGGGCCCUGAAGCCGCCACCUGGGCUGAAGUUGAGCAUGCUUUGAAGAACAGCUUCCUCAUGUUCGCUGAAAAGAUUACCGAUAACAUCAUCAACGACCAGAAGAGCGGAAAGAAGAAGGGCCACGAUGAGCUCCGUACGGACUUGUAG